AUGCCGGCAACAAAUCAAACUGACCAAGAGCCACCAUUGCGUUCUAAACACGCACCUGCUCCCUCGAAGAAAUUAACCGGUGCAUCUAACACCGCUACUCCCGAAAUCAGUGCACACUCUGAAGCUGUUGCCCUCAAACGAGCCGAGGAUGCCAAGCGUGCAUCUGAGCAACACCAGCAAUGUCUACCACUACCUCCCGCAGUGGCAGAAACUUCUCACGUUCUACCACCUGGCAUCAAAAGAUCUCGAGAUGUAUCUGAGGCCGAUUUGAGCUACCACUCUUCCAGUGGCAAAGACGACAAUGACAGCUCGACGGCUCUGAAAAGGCCAAAGAACUCAGAACACACUGGCUCUGGCAGUCCUUCAUUGUCUACCACUACAAAGGCAUCAAAGAAGAAAAACAAAGAUGCAGUUGAUGACAGUGGCUUCCUUGCUGAUAUCAAUGUUGCGAGCCUUUCAAAUGGCAAUGACAAGCCGAGGCAUGAGAAUAGAGGUCAAGAUGUUGAUAAAUUUUUCAGUGCCAAGUACUCUGAAAAUGGUAUUGAUGGAAAGCCUCGCACUUACCGUGACUCUAAAAAGGUCCGCAUAAACGAUUUGUGA